AUGGAUACUAGAAAAGAAGGGCUGCCCCUGAAGACACUCUUCUCAGACCAACACCCACAGGUCCGCAGGUGGCUGGCCCCCUUCAUCCUUACCUGCUCAGUCUACUUCCUCCUCUGGAUUCCUGAGGACCAGCCUUCCUGGGUCAGUGCCCUGGUCAAGUGCCUGCCCAUCCUCUGCCUGGUUGUGUUCCUGUGGGCUGUGGCCCCUGGUGGAAGCUACUCCUGGCUCCUCCAGGGAGCUCUUGUGUGUUCUGCUGUGGGAGAUGCCUGCCUCAUCUGGCCUGAAGCUUUCCUUUAUGGCAUGGCUGCCUUCUCUGCUGCCCAUUUAUUCUACCUCUGGGCUUUUGGCCUGUCCCCCCUGCAGCCCGGAUUGCUGCUGUACAUCAUCCUGGCCUCGCUCGUAUACUACAGCUCCAUCCUGCCAUACCUUGAGCUGGACAUGGUCCUUCCCGUGUUGGCCUAUGGCCUGAUCCUGAGCUCCAUGCUGUGGCGCAGCCUUGUCUGGGGUGGGAGUGCUGGCUGGGGCGGUGUGCUCUUCACAAUCUCCGAUGGUGUGCUGGCCUGGAACACUUUCGUCAACUCCUUACCUUUUGCCCGCCUAAUGACCAUGAGCACCUACUAUGCAGCCCAGCUCCUUAUCACCCUGUCAGCCUUCAGGAACCCAGGGCUCAAAACGCACUAAUGCAGGACCCAGACAGCCCGGUGGCCCCUCUCCCAUAAGGACCUUGGCUUUUCACAUUGACCCAGCCCGGCAAGUGGAUGCUUCCGGUCAUGUGCCUGCAGAUACUUGACCAUCUCGAAACAUCUGCAUACUGUUGGCAGAAUUUCAAAUCUACCACUGAGAUCAAGCUGCCUUCCCUGGCUUCUGAUGGUGGAUUCCAGGCCCUUCCAACCCAAUCUACAUCUUCCCCUCCCCAUGCCUGUUUCCUUUUCCCAGUCAGCCUUCCCUGUCCAGCUGCCCCUCCACACUGCCUCAAAUACGAUCCUAGCUGCUGGAGUAAAACGAGUGUUGGAACA